UUUUUAAUACUCUAGCGGGAUCACUUUAAAUUAUUCACGAAUAAUAGUUUCAUCAUUCUCCUUUAUUUCACAUGGUAUAGUUAUUGUCUUUAUAUAUUAGAUGUUUAAGAAAUGAAAAACACUUGUAUUUUUUGUCGCACUACAUACCCUUUUUGCAUUAUUAUUACCAACACAUCAUACCCUUAAGACAAAGGUUCAUGAUCUAAUAGUACAACCAUCUCAAUUUCAACAAUUCUCAUCUAUCUCCCAAAACAAUCAAACAUCUAAACAAAAAUGCAAAAAUCUACAAAAAUUCAACACAUUCUUCAAAUUUCAACAAUAAUAUUAUUCCUCUUACAACAACAACAUUCAUUAUUAGUCACUUCAUCUUCAUGUGAUAUUGAUAAAAGUAAUCAUGUAACAUUCUCCUUUCCAUCCUUCAACACUUCAAGCUGCAAACCAGGGGGUGGCCUAUUGUGCAUGGGAGCAGCCACCCCAGGAGGAGGGUUCGUGAAUUUAACCACGGCCGCGUCGUCGAAUAACUUGUCCGCAUCGGGUUACAUGUCAUUUGCUAGAGUAUUGUACCAUAAACCUGUACAAAUAUGGCCAGCUUCAUUUUGUACAAGUUUCUCCUUUAUAAUUUUCCCUCGUUUUAAUCCCUUGAAUUAUUCUGGUGAUGGUAUGACUUUUAUUUUGGCUCAACAUGAUAAAUCUCCUUCAAAUAUUAGCGCUGGCUCUUAUCUUGGUCUUCAGGAUCCAUUACAACAAGGCAACACCGAUUUCAAACAGCUAGCAAUCGAGUUUGACACAUUCAAGAACGAAUGGGAUCCAGACGACAAUCACAUUGGGAUCGAUUCAUUAAGUGCAAUGAAAUCUCUAACAGCACAGACCCUAAAUUCAUCCAACAUUUAUCUUAAGAGCGGAAAACAAAUCAAUGUCAAGAUAGAAUACAAUGGACACAAAAAAGAGUUUCAAAUUUAUGUAGGUUAUCAAGGUAACCCAUUAGAAAGUGUCCUAAACCACUCAAUAAAAGUCUCAAAAUAUGUCUCAAAAAAUGUAUACAUAGGUUUUACAGCAUCAACUGGGCUUCUUAGUGAGACUCACCAAUUACAUGAUUGGGUGUUCACUUCCACAAAAUUGCCAAGCAACACUUUGAGAGAUAACAAGAAGUUAUGCAUCAUUACUUUGGCAAGUGUUUUACCGGUUUUAGUCGGGUUAGUCCUCAUGUCAGUGCUUGCAAUUCCUGUGAUUCGACGUCGAAUUAUUGACAAGAGGGAGAUGAUUAGGAGAAUGGACGAGCUUGAGAGGCAGUACGCUGCCACCGGCUCGGCUCCUAGGAUGUUUACUUACAAGCAGCUUGCUAAAGCUACUAAGAAUUUCAGCCAGGAUAACUUGUUAGGAAGUGGUGGUUUUGGAAGUGUUUAUGAAGGACAUUUUGUUGAUCCUCCUCAUACUAUUGCUGUUAAGAAGAUUUCAGCCACCUCUGAGCAAGGUGAGAGGGAGUAUUUGGCUGAAAUAUGUACCAUUGGACGUUUAAGACACAGAAAUAUAUUGCAACUCCAAGGUUGGAGUCAUGAGAACAACCACCUUCUUCUUGUAUACGACUUCAUGGCGAAUAAGAGCCUCAAUGAGUUACUUACAGGGCAAAGUUUCCUUGAUUGGAAAACGCGGUGUAAAAUACUUACCGGGUUGGCCUCAGCAUUGUUGUACCUACAUGAAGAAUGUGGUGAUCCGGUAGUGCAUAGAGACGUGAAGCCUAGCAAUGUCAUGUUAGAUUCCGACUUCAACCCCCAUCUUGGUGAUUUUGGGCUAGCUAGACUGCUUAAGAACACCGCGGGAGUCACUACAAUACUUGCUGGAACCCUGGGGUACAUGGCCCCGGAGUUGAUCUACACUGGCAAGGCAACAACUGAGUCGGAUGUGUAUAGCUUUGGAGUGGUGGCGUUAGAGGUUGUGUCUGGAAAGCGAUUUAACAACCUCAUAGGGGAAAAUUGCUUAGUAGACUUUGCAUGGGAUAUGCAUACAAAGGGUAAGUUGGUAGAGUGUGUAGACCCUAAGCUAAAUGGGGAGUUUAACAAGGAUGAAGUUGUCAAGAUUUUAAGUGUGGCACUUGCGUGCUUGCAUUUGGAAUCGAACUUGAGACCGAAAAUGCGAAAAGUGGUAAUGAUUUUGCUAAAUUCAGAUGAACCUCUAAUAGAACUCCCUAGUACUCGUCCUAAAGGAGUGUAUGUGUCACUCCAAGGAAUUUCAAAUCCUUUUAUCUAGGUAAAUGUUUUUGUACAGCAUUCGGAUGAUCUUCUAAUUAAUCUUGGUAUUCAAAUCGCCUAGAUUAAUCUUUGGCUUAAUGAAGUUUGUUCCAAUUAGUGUACUUCAUAAUUCAUACACUGAUAUAAAUUGUAUAGAUGAUGUUAAACCAAACAAACUUCUAUUAAAGCAUGCGUGGUUGUUUUAUAUCUUUUGUGCAGCCAACAUGAGCUUCAAAACUAAUAAUACAAUGGUGUUAUUCUU